AGAGUGAUCACAUCCGCACCAUCAUCAAAGCCCGUGGUAUCAGCUACCCAAACAUCACAGGAAAGACAUUCGCCGUAUUCAGAGUGGACAACCGCCAUCAUCUGAUGUCGAUAGUGUCUAUGAUUGACCCAUCACCCGACUGGGUGGUCGGCGUGUCCAAUUUGGAGCUGUGUUUGAGAAACUGCACAUGGACAGAGUCCAGAGUGCUCAAUUUGUACCCUUGGGAUGUUGGCACCGAUGAUGGAAUCACAUACAUGUCUCCAAACCAGCCCUCCAAUCCUAGACAACCGAUCCGCCGUCUACGCACCAAUUACCCCAGCGACCCGCGAUCUCCCUUUUUCGAUCCCACAGGAACGCCUAUGAAGCCGUUGGCCAGGCUCAUACUUUCUAGACAGCGGCUGUAUGAGAAAUCAUGCGACGCGUCUGGAUCAGACGACUCAGAUAACGCAGCUUCAAACUGCGAGACUACGGAAUGGUCAGAUUGGUCACCAUGCUCGGCGACAUGUGGGAAAGGAAUGAAGUACAAGCAAAGGCGAUACAAGAAUGAGGAAAGUAAAUACGUUUGCCACAGAAAACUCACGGAAAGAGCGAGCUGUGAAGCAGUGGAAAGGUAUUGUCCACCACCACCUGUAAGAGUAACUGAAGAUCCAAUGUGUGAACUGGGUCCUUGGUCAGAAUGGUCCAGUUGCAGCGUGACUUGUGGCAAAGGGGUACGGACUAGAGACAGAAAAUACAAGAAUAGACUUGCUGCUAAAACGUGUUCGGCUUUUAAAACCAAUCCACCCUUACUGCAGCAAAACCUAGAAUGCUGGGGAGAAGAAAUAUGUGACGAUUAUGAAGAAGAGUGAGUGGUCUCCUUGUUCUGCAACGUGUGGAAAGGGCUUUAAAGAAAGAUACAGAAUCGCUUUGGAUUCUACAGACAGAUCUUCGAUCCAUUGGCCUUUCUUUAGAAACUAUAGAGGGAGCGAUGAAGAAGAGGAAUUCGAUGAAGAGGAUCCAUGUAACAACUUGAAGGUCAGAGAAACAGUUGAGUGUUUCCAGAGGCCUUGUCCAGAACAGACAAAACAGAAAUCAGUUAGCCUGUACGUUACCCAAGGAUGUUGGAGAAUGUAAAAGCAGUGUAGACAGGUGGUAUUUUGACAUUCUGAAAGGCAAUUGCGAAAUAUUCACUUACAGUGGAUGCGAAGGAAACGACAACAAUUUCAACACCUUAGAACAGUGCCAGACACUAUGUGCAAAAUAUCAACGAGAAUUCAUGCUUAAUUCAACAAUGUGGAAGAAACAUCUAGGAGUAACUUUGUCUAGUGUAAUGCAGUACAACAUCCAAAAUGACGCUAUCAAUGCGAAUAGUGAUGAUAACAGAAAUAACAAGGUGGUAGAGGAAACGUUUCUGGACGACAUAAAUUUGGACUGUGAAGUAACCAAAUGGAGUAAUUGGAGCCCAUGCAACGUCACAAAUGGAAUUUGUGGUUGGGGACUGAAAGAGAAAAGGAGAACAAUACUCGUUCACACCAAAAACGACGGAUUUCCAUGCCCGAAGAAACUAGUGAAGCGAAAGAAGUGUCACGUCACUUGUCAAAAAAAGAAAAAGAAGAAGAUUAGGGUGCGAACCGGUUGUGGCAUGUCCGAAUGGUCCUCGUGGAGCAAGUGCAGCCCAGACUGUGAAAACCAAUACCAACACAGAGUUAGACAUGUUCUAGUUUAUCCAGAAGAGCCAGAUAGCACCUGCCAAAAUGAAGUGGAGCAUCGACCAUGUCCCUGUUAUUGAGCAAGAUACUCGUCCGAGUAUCAAUGGAAUAAUUUAGAUAUUUUUCCUUAAAUUAUCGUUGACGCAAGACCUCGUCUUUUUCUGUAACUCCAAAGAAAUGUUUGUCGACCAACUGCUAACAUAUUGAUUGUAGAUUUUCCUUCAAUAGUAAUUUUGAUAGUUCUUGAAAUGGAGGCAUAAGAGUGAAUAAUGGAAAUUUCACUGAGAUCAUAGACGUAUAUGGACUACUUGGUCCAUGGUUUUAGUAUCCUGCUCGAGACACUCAAAUUGAACUCUGUUACAAUCUUUUUAUGAUAUUUUUUAGUAUGUAGUUUUGUAUAUCUAGUAACAUAUCAGUGUUUAAUUUAACCUACUACAGGUAUGAAAUCAUUGUUAAUAUUUUGUAGAAAUAAGACAAUAAUAAAAUGUACAGAGUAAGGUAGAGAA